AUGGCGGAGCUGUUUGUGGGGGGGUUAUAGCGGGGCAGACCCCGCCCCCUGUAGCUGCGCUUCGCACGUGGCUCGGUCCGGUGGUCUGAGUUCAGACGGGUUCUGUUCGCCCCGUGCUGUACCGCCCGCACUGGGGCCCUGUGAGCCGGGCUGUGCACGGGGGGUUCGGCACCGGCUGCUCCCAGCCCCGCGUGUGCCAGGUUUAAUUUUAGCCGCAGCAUCGUGUUGCUCGGGGCUGGCAGCGCCGCUCGGCACCUGCUGCCACUGCCCGCAAACAGCCCCACAGCCGGGACUGACCCCGCGGGGGCGGCCGGAUGGAGCCGGGCGAACCGAGAGCCCCGCAGCGCCCGGCCCGGCCAUUAGGCGAGAAAUGAGCGCGGCCCUUCGCUCGGACCCGGAGCCGUUCGGUGCCGGUUGGGUUUCGAGGCUCCCGGCCGCUCGCUGUCGGGUCGGGGCCGGGCUUCGUGUUCCCGGGGUGGGGACGGGGAUGGCGGAGCGGCGCGGAGCCUCGGCCGCACUCGGUGCUGCUGGGGGUAACGAGCGGCUCCUUGGGCUCCCACCAUCCCGGGACACGACACCCGCCCCAACGCCCCGUGGGGCAGCGCUGGCUCCCGGCCCGCGGGGUCAGGGCAGCUCGGUCCUUAGGGCAGACCCUGAGCCGGGGGCGGCAUCCCGGCACCGCCCGGCACCUCCCGGCUCUUGGCAUCGCCCCCCCGGGCUGGCGUCCGCCGUCACGCAUGUGAUCGAAGCUCCGGGCAGCGCCGCGAGCGGAGCAGAAGGUCGAGCGGCUCCGGGCCCGUCCCCACCAUGAUCCCCCGCGGCAAAAGGGACCCGGGCCGCCCCGCGGAGCUGCCCGACGGCGCGGACGGACGCGGGUCCCCGUGGGAGGAGGACGGGCGGCUGUCCGUGCUGCCCCGCGACGACCUCCCCAAGAGCGUGUCCGACUCGUCCAUCUCCUCCUACCACUCCGCGCGGUGCUCGGAGACCACCGACACCUUCAACGACUGCCUGGAGUUCCUGGAAGAGGACGAUGCCGUUCGCCUCACUCCCCCGCCGCCCUACGUGCCCCCCGAGGGUCCCCCACCGCCCGGCCCCGGCUCCGGCCCGCGGGAGGAGCGCGCCCGGCAGCCCCAGCUGUCGGUCACGGCUAAGAAUAGCGCGGCGCCGGGCAGGACCAUGGGCGCCCUGCGCGGAGACCGGCCGCCCGUCGUCGCCUUCGUGGAGCGGCCGAGCGCGGCGGCACCGGCGGCGAUGAUGGGCGAGGGGCGGCGGGCGCGGAGGGGCGGCGGGGCCAGCGACUCGGACGAGGCCGACAGCGAAGUGCGGGCGCUGACGGCCAGGUCCUUCCGCAGCCUGUCGGGCCCCCCCGGCUCCCGGCUGGACAUGUGCAGCUCGUCCAGCCUCUCCAACUCGAUGUCGGAGGACGGCGGCGGUGGGCGGCGGUGGGCGGCCUGCGGGGAGCCCCGCGGCACCGAGCUGCCCGGAGUGCCGGCCAAGGAGCUGUUCGAGUGUGUGGACGUGGAGCUGGAGAGCGGCGACGCCAAGAAGGGGUACGGCAAGAGGAGGACCGUCCCCAAGCGGCAGAUCCAGCUGAAGAGGAAGGAGAGGAAGGAGGCGGCGUUCUUCCCGUGGGGGGACAGUUUGGCCCCGCAGCCGCUGCCCCCGGCCAGGAAGGAGCCCCCGGGGAAGGGCAGGGCUGGAGGCGAGGACUUCAGGUUCAACUACAAGCAGUUCGUGAAGACGGCCUCCUUGGACGGCGACGCCAGCAAGACCAGGAUGGCCUCCAGCCUGGUGAGGAACGUGCUGGCCAAGAAGAUGCAGUACGAGCAGCUCAUCAAGAUGGAGCAGCAGAAGGUGCUGAGGGGCAGCUCCACCUCCUCGGGGCCAUCCUCUGCCGGCACCGACCUGCUCGGGGAUGGCAUGGAGGGCAAGUCCAGCUCGUUGUCCAAGUCCGACCUCAGCGCCUCGGCCGAGGACGUGAGGCUGGUGGACAUGGGGCUGCGUCCUGUUGGUGCCCACCGUCCGGCCAAGGGAGUGGUGCUGAGCGAAGCCACGCGGGAGAACGUCUGCAGGCUGAAGAAAACCUUCAACGAGCUCAACGAGAGGAUGCGCUACCAGGAGGUGGUGCAGUGCCAGCGCCUGCCCGCUGCCCAGCCCUGCGCAGAGAGGACCCCAUACUGGCGAGCACGUGCCCUGUUCGAAGGCCGCAGCGGGGACGGGAAGGUGCCGGCCGUCACCCCCAGGUUUGAGAAGCCGCAGAAGCCGUGGCCCAGCCUGCGGCAGCGCGCCAUCCGGCCCAGCAGGGCACAGCUCGUCCCCUUCGAGCCCAAGAGCUCGGUGCCUCCUGCUGUGCCGCCCCGCAGCGUCUACACCUCCCGGGCACAGGAUGUGAGGCUGGGGCCACAGAGCCGUGGGGAGGAGAAGCCGCCACCAGCACCACGAGAGACCCCAGAAACCAGGACCUCUGCAGGUAACGCUGCUGAGCCAGGCAGCAAAGGGAAGAGCUUGGUGCCGCAGCCACGGGAUGUGCGUAAACUGCUCAAGAGCAGCUACAGCCUCAGCUUUGGUGCUGCUCACAGACCCCCAGCUCCCGGCCCCAGCGGGGAAAGCACCGUGGAGCCCAAACCUCCAUCCCCACUCAUCAUCCACUGCACUUCGGUGCGACGCAGCGAGCCAGCACCCAGCACCGUGCCGCCAGCCGCUGGGGACGUGGGGACGGAUGGGGUCCGAGAGCCCCCACCAGCACACAAUGAGAGCACAGCAGCAUCCACCAUCAGCCAGGCAGCACAGGGCUCACCUGUGCAGAUCAGCAAGGUACAGUCUGUGCGGAGAGAGGCAGCCACCACCAAGAGCCCCCAGCCCAGCCCGGCCCCGUGCCGCCAGCGCAGUGAGAUCCGUGUGCCCUCAUUGGGGGGGGCUGUGGAAGAAACGCAUGUGGAGAGUCACCUCCACGUCCUGGUUGGGCCUCGGUCUCCACCCGUGGCUGUGGAGGCCUCCCCGGCUCCGAGCAGUGCCGUGCUGAGGACGGAGAAGACCCUUCGCCUCCCACCGCCACCACGGAGCCCCACAGAAGAGGAUGAGGAUCACGGUGUCAGCACAGGGGGCAGCACUGGAGCAGACACACGUCGCAGCAGUGGGGACAACCCAGGGCACGUCCAGGAUGUGAACUCAGCGGUGAGGAGCGCUCCGAAGCCGCCCAGCAGUGAGCCGGGCAGCCAGCAGACCUCGGCAGGGAACCACAGCCCCAUAGACAGCACUGGCCCCACUGUGCCAUUGAAAGUGAGGGAGACUGGUGAAGGUCCCUCUGUUCCCCCUGUGUCACUUGCCAGCAGGACACAGGAACAGAGGGAGACCAAGGAGCAUGUAAUGAAGUGGCUGGGUGCCGGUGAUCCACAACUUACUGCUGGCCAGACCGACAACUCCAACUACUUGACAAUUCCUGUGAAAGCCCCCAAAUCUUCCCCAGUGCCAAAGGUGCCCCCGGUCCCCAGCCCAGGCACCACCUCUACUGGGACCCCUUUGGUCCCCCAUCCAAACAGUGCAUCCUUUGGGACCCCCUCAGUCCCAAACUCGACCACCACGCCAUUUGGGACCCCUUUAGUCCCCAGUCCAGCCACCGCACCCAUUGGGACCUCAAUGGUCCCCAACCCAGCAUCUUUUGAGUCCCCUGCAAUCCCCAGCCUGACCAGCACAUCCCUCGGGACCCCUUUGGUUCCUAAUGCAGCCAACAACUCUUUUGGGACGCCGUUCUUCCCAUACCCACUGAGUGCACCCUUUGGGACCCCUUUGGUCCCCAGUCCGGCCACUCCAUCCUUUGGGACCUCUCCAGUCCCCAGACUGCCCAGCUCAACCUUUGGAGCCUCUUUGGUUCCCAACCCAUCCAGUACACCUUUUGCAACCCUUUCUGUCCCCAACCUUGCUGGCUCAUCCUUUGGGGCCCCCUUGGUCCCCAACCCAUCCUGCACACCUUUUGCAUCUCCCUCUGUCCCCAAGCGGGUCAGCUCAUCCUUUGGGAGCCCCUUGGUCCCCAUUCCAGCCACAACAUCCUUUGGGACUGUUCCAGUCCCCAGGCCACCCAACUCAACCUUUGGUGCCCCCUUGGUCCCCAACCCUUCCAGCACACCCUUCAUGACCCCCUCUGUCCCCAUGCCAGCCAGCUCAUCUUUUGGGACCCCUGUGGUCAACAACCCAGACCCUACUUCCCUUGGGUACCCAUCAGUAUCUAACGUGGCCAGAUCUUCCUUUGCAUCUCCCUUAUUCCCCAGCCCAGCCAGUGUUCCUCUGGGUACUGCUGUGUCCCCCCAUCCAGGCGGGGAAGCCCCAUGGAGCAAACCCCUCCCUGAGCCCCCCCAGCCCUCUGACGCUCUGACCACUGCUGUGCCCCCCACCCAGCCCCAACCUCACAUGGAAGACGUUCCCCGUAGGACCGAGGGCUCCUCGCCGAGCAGCAAGAGCACCCCGAGCCCCACACGGCCCUUUGCUCCCCACCCAUCUGCACACCGCAAGAUGCUCCUUGAUCCCGACAGUGGAAAAUACUACUACAUGGAAGCGCCGCGGCAGCCCCAGCUGAAAACACUGUAUGACCCGGAGACAGGGCAGUACAUGGAGGUGCUCAUCCCACCGGUGCCCGUGGCCUCACAUGCCGGCUACUACCAGGCUCCCUUCAACCCCAUGCUCUAUGGCACACCCUACAUGCCCUAUGGCAGCUUCCCAGGGCUGUCAGCACCCCCGCAGCCCACCGCCUCCUCCCCGGCACAUCUUGACCUGCAGGGCCAGCCACCGACCUCUGAAAACCCUGGAGGCUUAUCUGGAACCUUCAGCCCUGAUCCUAAGGGUGAGGGGACACCUGCAGCUGGGGGUCCUGACUGCGGGUACCUGGAGAGCCCCUAUUACAUCCCCACAGGGAUGCGGGCCAGCCCCAGCCCCAGCCAACCCCCAGCCCGUGCCAGCCCUGCCAGCGCCGAGAAGGGACCACUGCCUCCCUUGUGAUCUCCAGAUGCAGUGCCAGCCCACAUCGCCCCCAGCCCUGGCUGGAGGGACCCUGUGGUUGUGGCUGAUCUGGUGGUGGGUAUUGCCUGGGCCUGACCAUCAUCUAGAAGGAAAAGUGAUGUUUUCAGCCCCGGUGUGUUCCUGAAGUUGUGGCAGUGUGGCCACAGCAGCAAAGGGACCACGUGGAUGGCCCCGCUCGGCCCAGCCUGCAGCUCCCAUCCCAGGGUGAUGAAUAGAAGCGCCGCAGCCACAGCACGGACUCCUGGAAAUAGCAAUAAAGUGCAGGGCCAGCAUUAACCCUACAAACCCACCCGAGUCUGAGUCGUCUCUAAAGGGGACACGAG